UUCUGGCCAUGUUUUUUUCCUAGCUUAGCUGACGAGCAACAGAAAAAGGAUCGCUCGCUCGAAGGGUUUUCACUUUCCGCCUCAUCAACAUGCCUCGCGUUUACAUAGGACGACUUGGCUAUCAUGUCCGUGAAAAAGACGUCCAGCGUUUUUUCGGCAGUUUCGGCAAGCUCUUGGAAGUCGAUUUAAAGAACGGUUACGGUUUCGUGGAGUUCGAGGACAACAGAGACGCGGACGAUGCCGUUUACGAGUUGAACGGGAAGGAUCUGUGCGGCGAUAGGGUGAUCGUCGAGCAUGCACGCGGGCCUCGGCGGGACCGGGAUAGCUUCGGUGGGGGUCACUGGGGUGAUAGUCGCAGUGGUGGCUACAACAGCCGGAGCCGCCCGGGCAGAGACAAGUACGGACCUCCCGUUCGUACUGAGUAUCGUCUGAUUGUGGAAAACUUGUCGAGCCGUUGCAGUUGGCAGGACCUGAAGGAUUUCAUGCGUCAGGCAGGCGAGGUCACCUACGCCGACGCCCACAAGGAGCGCACUAAUGAGGGAGUGAUUGAGUUCCGCAACCAGUCUGAUAUGAAGCGCGCUAUGGACAAGUUGGACGGGACGGACAUCAACGGGAGGAAGAUUCGUCUGGUGCCGGACUGGCCUCGCAGGCGAAGGUCCUAUUCUGGCAGCCGUUCCAGGUCUCGAAGCCGCCGUCGUUCCCGCAGCAGGAGCCGCAGGAGCUCCAGGAGUCGCUCAAGAUCCAAAUCUCGGUCCGGGUCGCCCAGCAACAAGAGAUCCAAAUCAGGCGGGAGCAAGUCUCGUUCUCGCAACCGCAAAUCCCACUCACGCUCCAAAUCCAAAUCCCCAUCCCGUUCCCCCGAGCGCAAAUCCAAGUCCCGCUCAAAGAGUCACUCCAAAGUGAAGUCGGAGCGCGAUUCCCGUUCUCGCUCCAAGGAGAAGGCCGAUGAGAAGUCCCGCAGUCGCUCGGGCUCCCCCAUGGAGAAUGGUAACGAAGAGCGGGUGGCCAAAUCCGCAUCCCGUUCCCCUUCCCCGCGUGAGGACGACCGCCGUUCCCAGUCCAGGGAGGGGCGCUCGGCCUCUCGUUCAAGAUCACGUUCGCGAUCUAGAUCGGCUUCUCAGGAUUAGUACAGAACUUCACAUCGAGUGCCAGUCUUUUGCUGUAUAUAGCGAGUAAUUCUGGUUUGUGCUUUCUGGAUUGUUCACAUUGGGCCCAAAUUUUUUUCCCCCUUUACCUCACCACAGUAAGAAAGAUUACCAUAAUUAAUUGCUGGGUCCUGCACAUUUAAUUGGCUUCAAAAUAGAUGUUCAAACAAUGUAUCUUUGUACGUUUUGAUUUUUCAGGUUUGUGCUUCUUUUAUGCAUUGGGUUCUCUCCUAAACAUCUGAUCUUAAAUGGUCUCUUGUCAAAGUUUAUGUACAUAAUGGUCUCAUCAGAAUUACAAUACUGAAGUAUCACA